AUGUCACAUAUCUCGAAACACAUUUUAGGCAGACCAUCAAAUAAUUUAACAAGUGGUAUAGUUGGAUUAGCAAAUAUUGGUAAAUCCACAUUUUUCCAAGCCAUAACGAACUCAAAACUAAGUAAUCCUGCCAAUUAUCCAUUUGCAACGAUAAAUCCAGAAGAAUGUCUAAUACAGAUACCGAAUGAUAAGCUGACUCAAUUACAACAGAUAUAUAAUAGUUCUAAGACUAUUAAAUCUACUUUAACAGUGACUGAUAUUGCUGGGUUAAUUAGAGGUGCAUCUCAAGGGAAUGGAUUAGGUAACAAAUUUUUGAAUGAUAUUAGAUUUGUGGAUGGGAUUUUCCAUUUAGUUCGAGGUUUCAUUAAGGAUGAUGUCGAACAUGUGGAGAGGACGAUUGAUCCCGUGAGAGAUUUAGCUAUUGUUCAAGAUGAAUUGAUCUUAAAAGAUCUAGAAUAUUUAGAAAAUGCAGUGAGUCAUUUACAAACAAAGGCAAUCAAGAAGAAAUCCUUACAGUAUCAGAAGGUUAAUGAAGAAAUUAAGCUUUUAAAUGGACUAGAACAACAUUUAUAUUCUGGGAAGAAAAUCAUCCAUUAUAAAGAUGAUUGGACUAAAGAGGAGGUUGAUAUUAUCAAUAAGCAUCAUUUCUUAACGGCCAAACCUACUAUAAUUCUACUAAAUACUAGUCCCAGAGAUUUUUUACUACGACCAAUUAAAGAAGUACCGUUCGAAAAAGGUGUAGUUGAUUGGGCAGAUGAAUAUUCUUCAGGUGAUAAAGUAAUAACAAUUAGUGCUGAAUAUGAAACGAAAUAUAUUGAGUAUAUGGACGCGAAUAAUGAAGAAGGAUUUCAAGACUAUUGCAAAAAUCAAGUAGGUAAAGAGUAUAUAGACAGAAUUUCUGAAUGUGACAUGACAUCAUCAAUGCCAUUAAUAAUUCAAGAAAUGAAGAAAGCUCUUGAUUUAAUAAGUUUUUUCACAUGCGGUCCCUUGGAAGUUCGAGAAUGGAAUCUUCGAAAGGGAUCUACCGCAAAAGAAGCAGCAGGUAUAAUUCAUACAGAUUUAGAAGACACGUUUAUCAAUGCGGAUAUAAUCCACUAUCUCGAUUUGCUCGGUACAAAAAUGCCUUAUAAUGAAUCAUACUUGAAAUCUAAGAGUUUCAUUCACCGUGUUGGCAAACAAUAUAUUAUACAAGACAAUGAUAUAGCAUUAUUCAAGGCAACAAAAGGAAAGAAAAGAUAA